UAGUUAUAGGACGAGGGGUUACGGUUUUAAGCUGAAAGAGAGUAGACUUAGAUUAGCUAUAAGGAAGAAAUUCUUUACUGUCAGGGUGGUGAGACACUGGAACAGGCUGCCCCGGCAACUUGUGGAUGCCCCUUUCCUGGAAGUGUUCAAGGCCAGGUUGGAUGGGGCUUUGAGCAACCUUGUCUAGCAGGUGUGCUAGAUUAUUUUUAAGGCCCCUUCCAACCCAUACCAGUCUGUGAGUCUAUGAUACGUGCUCUUGGACCUGAACAGAGGUUUCUGGCAACAAACAAAUGGUAUUCACUUUGGCCUCUUGUGUUUGCAGGUGCAUGCUUUGAAUUCAGGGAACUGCGGCACUUGCUGUUGCUGAACUGUGUAUUUAUUUCAUUUACAGACUGUGGUUAGGCAGGAGAAUAAAUAUGAGUAUGGUUCUGUGAAUAAAGAUAGAAAAAGAGCUGUCAUAGUUUAGACAGGAAGUUUGGAGGCAUGGGAGGUGUCUCCAGAGGACUAAUUAUCAAUGUCUUAGAAGUGUUUCAUAAUGUUGUGUGCUGUGUUGAAGUGAAUGGGUAAACAUGAUACUGAAAUGACAGAAGUAAAAAAGUUGUCUGCUAUGAUUGUGGCAGUGCUGGGGUAAUACUGACAUUUUUCCAAAAUCCCCCAAACGCAAACAAGAGAACAGAAAAAUUAAAACUUUUUAGCAAACAGGAAAAGGUAUAUGAUAGGUAGUGGUGUGGUUUUAAAUCUAUUUAAACAGAUUCACUUAACUCAGUUAUUUCAGUCAGUGUAAAUGUAUCAAUGCAGACACUAAAAUUUCACCUACCUUAAAAUACAAAUUUUGUGUUACUGCUGCAGUGUGUACCACAACAAACUUAUAUGGGGUUUGUGAUUGCUAUAGAAGCUUAAUGUUUUUUGUGGAUUCUGGCAUAAUUUUUGCAUUAAAGAUACUACACGUUCUAUUUAUUAAGACUGGAAAUUAUGUCUUUGGCAGAAGUAACAACAGAAUUUUAUUGUUGUGGGUCAUCAAAGCCAGUUUGUGUAUUUUCCUAACUUUAGAAUGUCAGUGGCUGCUCACUGUAUAUUUUGCUAUAGACAAAUAGGAACUUCUGGUCCAGCCACAAAAACACACCUACCAUGGAAUGAUAUCAGAAAAAUUGCAAAGGUAACUGGAUCACUUAUACUUGGAGGCUUUGUAUUCAUUACAUAUGAAGUUAUGUCCUUAAAGAAGUUACUGCAAAUAGAUACUCAAGCUGUACAUCAAGAAAAAUUGAAAUCCUAUGUAUACAUACGUACAACUCCUCUAAGUCCAAGUGAAUAUCAAGGAAUCACAUACCAAGCCAGAAAAGAAAUCCACAAAGCUGUGAGGAAAAUUCUAGAAACAGAAGCUAAAAUUUUCCGGAGACCUUUUAAUGAACAAUUCAGUACAUUUGAUGGAGAAGAUCAUGAAUGUGCCUUAUGGCUCCUCUUAAAGAAAAGUCAGUCAGAAGACAAAGAGGUCAGGCUGAAGGCUGUACAAGACCUGGCAAACAACAGGCACUGGCAUGAUUACCAGUAUGGCACAGUUGCCCAAACCUGUGAUCAAAGGACCGCUAUAGGUUUGGCUCGAUCCAAAGAUAUCGACCUUCGCUUUUUCCUGCCUCCACCACCAUUGCCAAAAAUGAAGAAUGAUUGUACCAUAGAAGAUGAACUUCGCUUGUUGUUAGUGUCGUUACCCCAGUCUGGUCUUGAUCCGUGUGUCCAGUACUUCACAUCUCUUGCUUUACGUGAAACCAGUCAGACUCUGGCUGCACAAAGGGGAGGCUUGUGGUGUUUUGGAGGAAAUGGACUUCCAUAUUGUGAGACAUUGAGUAAAAUCCCUUCAGAGACAGUGGAACUCUUUUGCUUGCAAGCUCUAGUACAGCAUUCUAAGGUUUCUUCUAACUGUGAGAAAAUUGAGGCUAAAGGAGGCCUUCAGCUGCUACAGAGGAUAUACCAGCUACGUAAAGAUUCAGCAAAAAUACAGAGGAACAUCAUUCGCAUUAUUGGAAAUAUGGCUUUGGAUGAACGUCUUCAUUCAUCCAUAGUACGUGCAGGUUGGGUUUCUGUACUUGCUGAAGUAAUGAAAUCCCCGCAUGUCAUUCAGUCCUCUCAUGCAUCCAGAGCUUUGGCUAAUCUAGACAGGGACACAGUGAAAGAAAAGUAUCCAGAUGGUGUUUAUGUCUUGCAUCCACAAUAUCGUAGCAGUCAGCCCAUCAGAGCAGAUGUCCUUUUUGUUCAUGGUCUUUUGGGAGCAGCAUUUAAAACUUGGCGGCAGCAAGACAUUGACAGACGUUUGGAUAAAAAGACUUCAGAAGAGGAAGAGGACUAUAGUCAGUGCUGGCCCAAGACAUGGCUGGCUUCAGACUGUCCUGCCCUUAGAAUCAUAUCUGUGGAAUAUGACACCCACUUGAGUGACUGGAAAGCAAAAUGUCCUGUUGAGGCUCACAGGAAGUCUAUUGCUUACAGGAGCAAUGAGCUUCUUGACAAGCUCAGAGCUGCUGGGGUUGGAGACAGACCUCUGGUGUGGGUAUCACAUAGCAUGGGUGGUCUUCUAGUCAAAAAGAUGCUGGUGGAUGCUUCCAAGAAUCCAGAAAUGGAUAAAAUUGUAAACAACACCAGAGGAAUCAUAUUUUAUAGCGUACCUCACCAUGGUUCCCAGCUGGCUGAAUAUUCUAUAAAUGCCAGAUAUCUUCUCUUCCCAUCUGUGGAGGUUAAAGAACUCAGCAAGGAUUCUCCUGCCCUCAAAAAGCUGAACGAUGACUUCCUGUCUUUUGCCAAAGAUAAGAAAUUUUCUGUCCUGAGUUUUGCAGAAACCCUACCAACGCACAUAGGCAGCAUGAUAAAACUGCAUGUUGUACCUCUGGAAUCAGCAAAGUUAGGAAUUGGAGACCUUAUUCCAGUGGAUGUUAAUCAUCUAAAUAUUUGUAAGCCAAAGAAGAAGGAUGCUUUCCUGUACCAGCAUACAUUGAAGUUCAUUCAGGAUGUCUUAGCCCAAGAAUUUGGAGACUGAAUUUUUGCCAUCCUUGGCUGCUUGUUUCCUCCAUUUGGUGUAACACAGUAAGUUCUCCUAACAUUUGUUAGAGUAUCUGCAGAACUGCAAAGAUGCUGCAUCAAUGGUAUCUGCUGCUAAAAUAAUUUCCAGUACAACUCCAACUUAAUUCUAAAACACAUUCAAAACAAAUACAAACUGAAGUGUUAUAAUCUUGGCAAAAAGAAAAUGUGUGUUGUGUUACAGUGACCAUCAUCUGUCAACAAAAUGUGUGUAAAUUCUCUGGCGACUUGGCUGGGAGCUGAUGUGGAAUCAGAGAAUCAUCGCUUAGUCUACAGAUAUCCCCAGAUAUCUGUAUCCAGAUAUCCCCCUCUGGAGCAACAGAGCUAGGCUAUGGAGAGUGCAGAAAAACCACUUGCUCUGUAGGUGGUCUUCUUAAGGUAAAUGUGCAUCUGGGACUAAAGUCUGGUAGACAGGAUCAGAAGCAAUUAAUUGAAGAGGUUGAUUGUUGUGUCAAGGGGGAGAAGAAACAUGUGGCUGCCUCAAAGCUUUGGUUUAUUGUAUUUGUUUAGUUUAUUGUCUAUGUUAGGCAGUCUGACUGGAGCCUGAAGAAAUUUAUCCAAGUGAGUGACAACAGCAUUUUAGUCUAGUGGCCCAAUUACAGGAGUUUCUGUAAUUUGCCUUUUCAUGUAAUAGCCCACCCAGAUUUGUCAGGAAAGACAGCAUCUGUUGCCUGUGUGAGGAAGAGAUAGCUUGGUAGGUUGUCCUUGCAUAGACAACUGUAGUUGUUUUAAUCUGUUUGUAUAGAUGAAAACAAAACAAAGGAAUUGUUUGCCUGCUUGUACAUGUUUCUCCUAACCUUAGCAACUUGUGAGAUUGCUUUCUUUGGGACACUAUGUGCCUGGUCAGACUCAGAGCAGUUCGGUGCUUGUUCCCAUGGAAGACACAGAAGAGAGGCUUAGCUCUUUCGCUUUACUCUUGGGUCAUAGCAAGAAGAUGGUACAUUCAAAUCUCUGGCUCAUGUUACUCAUUUAGAAACUCUUUCUUCAGCUCCUUUAAAGAAGAGCAUUGAAAAUGCUCGAACAGAGUAAGAAACAUAGGCCUGGAUAAAAAAGCUGAUGUUUGGAGUUUGGAGCUCAGAUAGAGAAAAAGUAAAGCAGGAAGAAAUUCAGGUGAUCAUAAAGUCCCACUGGAAAUGCAGAAGAUCCCAGAUGUUUUGGUUUCUUGAAGCUGAAGUGUGUUUAUUGUUGUAGAUAGAGAAAAAGAGCAGUGUUUUCUUAUUUGAGUUCGUGUUUACGUUAAGGAUACUUUAACGGUACUGGUGAGUAGUAUUUAUAGAAAAAACAAUAACACAAAAACCCUGUGCUUAGCCACUUUUUUUAAGUCAUAAUUAGUUUGCAGCAUAGUUAAAAGCAGCCUAGUCUAAUUGUGGUCUUUUGCCUUCCUUUCUUUCUAUCUCCAACCUGCUCUGAAAACAAACAUAGGUUAUGAUUAGGCUAUACUGCCCUGGCUGACUAUUUGUUAAAUAAGGCCUGUAUUGAUGACAGGCUUAGUAUGUCUUUUAGCAUCACUUGUGUGAGAGGGCUCUAAUACCGAUGGCCUUAGAAUUAUGGCUAUGAAAGCUACGAAAGAGGUGGGAUGCACCUUGCAGUUCUGCCUGGGCUUGGUGCAGGCAGCAUUGGCCAUCACUGUCCUGCCAGGUCCUGAGGCCACCUCAGCUGUUCCCACUUUAGAGCACUCUAGCCUGAAGGACACUACAUCUUAAAAUGCACUCUGAAAGUUCAGCCUUGACCUGCUGGAGUUGUGUAGCAGUACAGAAAACACACAGCACUGCACUGGCAAAAAGAACUUUUUUUCCCCCUAACCAAGAUGUAGAUAACACUGCAUGGCAGUAUUUCAGAUAAAACAUGUAACAGAACUGUUGUAACUUCUGAAGAGUUUAUCCUUUUUACACUGUGGUUUAAACUUCAGAGUGUAAAUAUAUUAGAACACUUUGUAUUCACAAAGUAGAAGUAUGUGGAAUUCAUUGAGAAUAAAUAAGACUUCCAGUUGGCUUUCCUGCUAACCGAAUGAGUGUUUAGUGUGACAAAUCUCAUAUUGAUUUUAACAGACUUCUUUGGCUUACAGGGAUUCAGAUCAAUGACAUUGCACAUUAAUCUCAGUAAAUGCAUCUCUCUUUUGUUACUCUUAACUGGAACUCUUGACACAACUUUCUUGUUUUUGUAACUAUUAUGUAUAUAUGUGUAACUUUUAAAACUAAUAUUGCAGGGGGGGCUUGUUUGGGUUGGGUUUUUUUGAAAUAUAGUAAUGACGUG